UUCUUCAGCCUACCCAAGCUCCUCCCUAGCCCCAUCGCCCUCCCCCUGCUCCACCCCCGAGCAUGCUCCGGCGGUGUUGGCGGCAAAAGCCAGACGCCGUCGAAGCAUCGCCUGAGGAAAAGGCAGGUCGGGCGCUGGCGGUGACUGCGUCUCAGUGCUCCGGGGUCCCGUGGGGCUGCGUCCAAAAAUGAACGAACCAAAUUAUGUUAUGGAUAAAGACUUGAAGACUGAACCAACUUCCUAUUCUCUCCAAAGUUCUUCAGAACCAUUGUUUUCCAUCCAGGUAUUAGAAUUCAAGACCAGUUUGUUAGAGGCAUUGGAAGAAUUACGCAUGAGAAGGGAAGCAGAAAUUCAGUAUGAAGAACAGAUUCAGAAGAUAAUUGUAGAAAAACAAGAACUUCAGUGGCAAAAGGAAAAUCUUCAGCAUCAAAAAGAAACAUUAACAAAGCAACAUAAAGAAGCUAUGGCACUCUUUAAAAAGCAGUUGCAAACAAGGAUGUGUGCUAUGGAAGAAGAAAAGGGACAAUAUCAAAUUGCUUCAGAAAUAAAAGAAAAAGAAAUAGGAGGACUGAAGGAAACAUUAAAAGAAUUACAGGUUUCAAAAUAUUCUCUACAGAAGAAAGUAAAUGAAAUGGAACAAAAACUCCAGUUACACCACUUGGCGAAAGAAGAUCAUCAAAAACAACUGAAUGAAAUAGAGAAAUAUUAUGCCACAAUCACAUGUCAAUUUGGAAUGGUCAAAGAAAGUCAUAAAAAGUUAGAUCAGAAUGUACAAGAAGCAAUCCAGUUAAAUAAAAGACUUUUGGCAGCCAACAAGAAUCUAGAAUUUGAAGUUUGUAGUUUAAAACAGGAAUUGAAGAAAGUAACUGCAGACUUCAUUAAGUCCAAGAUCACAUGUCAGUAUGGGACAGAAGAAGACAUCAACUUUACAAUAAAAGAACAGCAAUUUCAAGAAUUACAAGAAAAACUCCGAAUGGAAAUUGAAGUAAGAAAGAAGGUUAGUGAAAAGGUUGCCUACAUUCAAGAAGAAAAACAGGGCAUCAUCAGUUCUUUUGCACAUAUUCAGCAAUUACUUCAGCGACAGACUCAAAAUAAUAUCAGAAUGGAGGCAGAGUUGAAGGCACUGAAAGACAAUAAUCAGACCCUUGAAAGAGAUAAUGAGCUGCAAAGGGAGAAGGUAAAAGAAAAUGAAGAAAAGUUCCUUAAUCUUCAAAAUAAGCAUGAGGAAGCACGAGGAACUUGGGAAAAACAUGAGAAAAAACUCAAUGAAGAAAUAGAUGAGAUUAAAAAUGAGUUGAUGUCAAUUAAAGAAGCUCAUCUUAAAUUACAAGAAAGCUAUAAUGAAUUAUCUUCUCAGAAGAAGGUGUUUUUUGAGCAAGACAGUAAGCUUCAGAAUGGCAGGGAAGCAAUGGAAAAAGAAAAUGACAUUUCAACAGAGCAAAAAAAAUCUGAAUCAAUAGAAAUCCCAACCAUACAAAAAUGGCAUCAUCUUCAGCAAGAAACAACUACAGUAAAUACCAUGAAUUUUUGUUCAAAUACUGAAUACAGACAAGAAGGAAAAGAUAACCAAGGCCAAGAGAGAGAUUCAGAAGAAUUACAGUUUUUUGAAAAUAAUGAAAAAAAAGAAAUUGAUCCUUCUAAAGAAAGAAAAGCUGAAAAACUUCCUGAAGAAAAACUAGUUAAAACUUCCCAAAGCAAAGCUUUCAGUCCAGAUAAAGAUUUACUGCAUCAAGGGCAAACCUGGCGGGUAUGCACUGCUGACUUGAGAAACUCAGAAGCUACACAAACAAAAGACAAAAUGUACUUGGAAAGAGGUCUUGGCUGUAUAGAAUUUCAGACUCUGAAUAAUCUUUAUUCCAUGACAGAAAUACCAGUAGAAACAGGAAGGAUUCUUCAAGACAGAACUCAAGAGUUCACUCUCCAUAGGGCAGAUGAAGCUUCAGAAACAGAUCACAGCAAAUUUGUCCAGGAAAAGAUUCUUGAUAACAAUUAUGACGUGAAUGAUGUACAGUGUGGUGAAGAUGUUUUGGGUAGUGAAACAUCCAAACAAGAAUCCAGAAUGAGUCUCAGCACAGAAGAAAAUUCUAUAAAUGAAGAAAUGCCAAAGAAUGCCCCCAAAGAAGCUGAAUUGAAUCCUUUUACAACUGCAAAAAAUAAUUCUAUUGAGUGUCCUAAAGAUAGCUCAAUGGAUUCCAGUUAUUCUGUCUCAGAUUAUAAGGAAUGUAAAUCAAAUCAAAUAUAUCAAUUAUAUAAAAGAGAGGAUGAUGAGCCACAAUGUAAGCAAACUUAUUCUUAUGGUCAAGGGACAUGUAGUACUUUGGGGAAAAUGGACUUAAAUAGUACCUGUGGUACAAUAAUCAAUAAAACAAUUUCACAAGCUGCUUUAAAUGACAAUAGAAAGGCAUAUUUUGAGAGUCCAAAAAAAUCCUUUAAUAUGAUGCCCAUUUCAGGAAAAGCUAUCCCGAGUCCAAAGGAAGUAUUUGGUUGGGAAAACUUGAAUGAAAUACAGAGCCAUCAACCUAAACAGGAUAGUCCCAAGCAAGUAGAUGGUGAUGAAAAUGUGACAGUUGGCCCUUUACAAGUUAACUCUCAGAAUAUACAUGUUUCACAGGCCAAAGAUAUAGAGCCUACUGUUCAAAAGCCUCCUAUCAGGAAAACUACUACAGGUACAGCAAGACUUUCCAGCAAAGAGAGUCAAAUUAAUGAUAAUCAAACAAGUGAAGCCAAGGACAAUUUCAUAGCCCAAAACGAUCUCUCCCUGGUUAGUAAUGUGAAAGCAAAGCAGCAUCAUACAUUGUUAAACGAUAUGAGAGAGAAAACACAGUCAUUAAACAACACAGUUUCAGAAAGAAAAUAUAUUGAAGGACAGCUGGAAGAAUCCUGCUCGUUUCACAUAAAGCCAUCUGGAGAUUUAGUAAACAGAAGUGGAAGGUCAGCCUUUGAUCUUUCAACUUCAGAUAAAGAAACUGAGAAAAUGCCAGUAUACUUAAAUUUUUUAGACCCUCGUCCUUGGUCAAAAGUAAAUCAAGUUGAAAGUCAAACAAUGAACACUUUAGCUUCCAAGGUGCCUCUGUUGCUAGAAGAGAGACUAGUGGGUUCAUCAGAAAACAAAAAGAUUCCUUCAAAGACACUAUGUCAAAAUCUUGGCCUGGAUGCUGUCAUGCGGGAAAUAAGAAUGGAUACUACCAGCAUUAACAGAGUUGCUGACACUUUGACUAACUCAAGUAUCCAGCCACGUCCCAAGAGAGAUCCCAGGGAAGAGUGGAAUGCGAUUGCAAAGACUUUUUAUGAUUCUUCUUUUCCCACAGAACAUGACAAACCAAAGCUCCUAAAUGCUGGCCUGCUGUCUAGACCUUUUCAGGGAGCCCAGGAGAAAGAUUUGGCUGAUUUCAUUGACUGUUCCCUUGUUGAAGAAGAGGAGGACAAGCAAUCCCAGAAGACUUUAAUGAAAAAUCAAAUGAGUGAAAAUGUAAAUUUGGACCAACCCAAAAAAAGAAAAUCUGAAGAGAUACUGGAAAUAGUUGAAGACAGUUGAACACUGAAUGGAUGGAUGCUCUUUAGGAUGUUAUAUUUUGAACUGAAUGAGAUAUGAUAUAAAACAACCUCACUUUACAACUUCUGUUGAUACAGUGAGGCCACUUUAUUACAGUUAAGCAACCAAUUCUGCAAGUGCUUCCUUUGGGAGGACUAUCCCUAUUUGGUAAUCUCUUCAAAAGAUUAAAUUUUGAAUAUUUAGAAAUCUCAGUUCCUUUCUUCCUUCUUCCCUCUCCAAGUCCUUCCGAGUCUUGAUGCUCUUUUAUCUCAAAAGACUUACAUCCAACA